AUGCACGGCCAAUCAGACCGCGAGAGCGUGAAGUGGCGGCCCCCCCGUCCGCUGUGUGGAAGUAAUGCGUCCGCUGGGAGCCCUGGCACGUCUGUACACAAGCCGCGAGAAACCCUGCUCACCAGACUGGUCAUAGGGCCUUUAGACCACCCCCCUGCUCGGCCAGGGGUCUCCAGCAUGUCUGGGGUCCCGGGGAACCUGAGCAGGCCAUGGGGGGCAGAGGAACGCGGGGGGGUCGCGGGCGACCUCAACAUGACGGCCGCAGCUUUUUCGGGCCCUCGGGAAGGGGCGUCAGUGGUCCCGUUGGACGGGGCUUCAGUGGCCCCGUUGAGUGGACAGUCCCUGGCCCCGCUGUGCUCCUCCUGCUGCUGUGGCCUCCUGAGCCACACCCUGGCCGUCGUGUUCAUGGUUAGCCUCUCCUUCGCCAUCAUCGCCGGGAACACGGUCACGCUCACCGUCUUCAGGCUGACGCGGCACUUCCGUACUCCGCAGGGAUACCUCAAAGUGUCUCUGGCGCUGGCGGACAUGAUGGUGGGCGUGCUCGUGGUACCGUUCUCCGUCUACACCGAAGUCUCGCUGAUGCUCAGCAGCGCGCCGCCCGCCUGGUACCAGGGCGGGCCCCUGUCCUCGCCGGGCGGGCUCCGGGGCCCCUGGCAGCCCUGCCAGCUGAUCGGCCCCUUGUUCGCCGGCUGCACCUUCGUCUCCAUCAGCACCAUCUUCCUGAUGACGGUGGAGCGCAGCGUGGCCAUCCUGCGGCCGCUGCACAAGGACUCGGUGGUGACGCGCCGGCGCGUGCUGCUUCUCAUCGUCCUGUCCUGGGCGGGCAGCUUCCUGCUGGCGCUGGCGCCCCUGGUGCCGAGCGACGCCUUCGCCCUGGAGUACAACGGCUGCAGCCGCAUGUGCAACUACGUGUCCCCGCCGGACGGGGACGGGGCCCUCCUGCUCCUCUUCCCCGCCUUCGACUUCACGCUGCUGGGCGGCACGCUGGCCGUCAACGUCCUGUCCUUCUCCUCCAUCCGCCGCCACACGCGCAAACGCAAGCAGCUGUCGCAGGGCAGCGGCUUUGGCGGAGACGCGGGCGGAGGAGGAGGAGGAGGAGGAGGAGGAGGGUGGAUGCACAGGCCCUCCUUCUCCGACAUCAAGGCGGCCAAGACCAUCGGGAUCCUGACGUUCGCCUUCACCGCGUCGUUCUCGCCCAUCGCCGUGUUCGUGCUGGGCAGCGUGGUGGGCCACACCUGGUGCACCUUCUCCUUCUUCGCCUUCUGGAUCCUGACGGCCAGCAGCUGCUGCAACGUGGUCAUCUACAGCGUGCGCGACCAGCGCUUCAGGAAGGGGGUGCUGCUUCUGUUUCAGAGGUGA